GAAUUCGGCAUCUCCACCUCUUCUCGUCUUCACCAGUCCACUCUCUGUGUAGCUGAGCUAUUGUCCAAUCCGCCUUGCUGCUGCCUUGUUAUCGUAUAUGCGUCGACAGAUCUUUUCGCAAAUCUCGACGGCGUGUGGCGGAGGCAAUUUUGAUGACGACGGACAGAGGUGCUUAGCCACAACUUCCAAAGGGUACAAACUUUGUUGCCUGCUCAUCAGAAUGCAUACUGACUAUGAUACUCAUCUGCGGGCCGCGAGCCAGAUCGCCAGUGUGCUGGUGCUUGCUGAAAGUAUAUACGCACCUACUCCAGAACCGCCUUGUAUGUUUCCCUUCAACACUGACCAUGGUAUCAGGAAAAGUAGGCUAGAUAGGAGGAAGAUGCCAAAGCUGAUAGUGACUACCAUGGCUUUGUCGCGUUCGUCCUGGUCAUAUAUCCCCCACCCAUCGACCGGGUCUCCUGUUGCCUGCAACUCUCCAUGCGUUCUCUUAGAAAGCAGAUCCAGAAUUGAGGUGUCAUCCUCAUCAAAGCACUCCGGGUCACGGAGCAUGUGCAUCGGGCCACCUCUUGGGUAGAUCUGGUGCCUUGCAAUCGUACUUCCCAAUCCCUACUGGCGGCUUUUGCGUCUUCUCCUCUGGUGGAAGACGCUCACACCCGAGUUCGCAGCAGGUAUGAUGAUGGCGUAUCUCAGCCAGCUUGCGUUUACGAAGACAAAACUGCAGCUUUUGUUAGCAAAGGUGAAGUGAAUUUCUGGAUUCCUGUUAAUUGACCUUGUCGAAGCGUAUCUACCGGACACGGCACAUCGCGAGAAAUCCCAAGUAACGACCACGAUGCGUUUCGAAUUGGUCUCUCAGAAAGCGAAGCAGCUCUCUGUCUGAAGUGAUCUUUUGAACUUCUUCUUGA